CCGCGCGGCUGCAGCAGGGCCGGCCCGAGCCGAGCCGGGCCGGGCGGUGAGUUCGGCGCCAAGCGGGAGCGGGCCCACCUCGGGAAGGGAAAGGUUGUGUGCAUAAGCAACAUAUAUUACCUACAGAUCUGAUAUUUAACAUGCAGAAAAGUAGAGGUCGGACAGGUAGAAAGAGAAGAAGAAAACAUUUUAAAGAUUUGCCUUCAGAUGGAGUAAAUUAUAGUCACAAACUGGAAUAUAUACAGCUUAAGAAAUGGCUGAAAGAAAGGGGAUUUGAAGACAAUCAUUUAAAGCCAGCACAAUUUUCAGAUACAGGAAGAGGACUAUUGACCACAAAAGCUUUUCAGGCAGGGGAGUUGAUUAUUUCAUUGCCUGAAAAAUGCUUACUCACCACUGCCACUGUCCUUAAUAGUUACCUUGGGAAAUACAUUGCAAGAUGGAAGCCUCCCCUGUCUCCUUUGAUAGUACUUUGUACAUUUUUAAUAGCAGAGAAACACACUGGGGAAAGAUCUCUGUGGAAGCCUUACCUUGACAUUCUACCAAAGACAUAUACCUGUCCUAUUUGUUUGGAACAAGAAGUAGUGAAACUUCUUCCUGAUCCCUUAAGAAGGAAGGCUCAGGAGCAAAGAACAGCGGUCCAGGAGCUUUACUCCUCUUCCAAGCCUUUCUUCUCUUCCCUGCAGCCUUUGUUAACAGAGAAUGUAGAGGCAGUUUUUACCUAUGAUGCCCUGCUGUGGGCUUGGUGUACCAUUAAUACAAGAACAGUGUACAUGAAACAGCCACAGAAGGAAUGCUUCUCUAGAGAGCCAGAUAUUUAUGCACUGGCUCCUUAUUUAGAUCUGCUCAAUCAUAGUCCACAUGUUCAGGUGAAAGGCACCUUUAAUGAGCAGACGAGAUGUUAUGAAAUUAGGAUGGAUUCACACUGCAGAAAAUAUAAAGAAGUGUUUAUCUGUUAUGGACCUCAUGAUAACCAGCGACUCCUGCUAGAAUAUGGAUUUAUUGCCAUUGAUAACCCACACAGUAGUGUUUAUGUCUCAACAGAUACUCUUCUUAAAUGUGUCUUUCCAGGGGACAAGAAGAGGAAUACAAAACUUUCCAUUCUAAAGGAUCAUAGCCUUUUGGAAAACUUGACGUUUGGAUGGGAUGGGCCAUCUUGGAAACUGCUCACAGCUCUCAAGCUGUUGUGUCUUGGAGCAGAUGAAUUUACUUGCUGGAAGAGAGUGCUACUCGGUGAUGUGAUUUCAUCUGGAAAUGAAGCGAAGGCUUUGAAACUAGCAACAAAAAUAUGUUUUUCUAUAACAGAGGAGACACAGCAUGUCCUUCAUCAGAUUUCUCAUUUGAAAAAGGAUAACGUAAAUCUUGAAGCCCAGCUGGCUUUGAUAAAGGGACUGCGCCUGGAAGACCUAAGGAUCUUGCAAAAGUCAGCAGAGAUUCUGUCCAACUUGAAUGCUACAGCCACUUGACUGCUUGAGAAAGUUGUUCAUGUCUGUUACAACUCAGUGGAUCUCACUGGCCAGGAGCUACAGGCCUGCCUGACUCAGACACCAUAAAUGACCAGUAACUGCAAAAUAAUAAUGUUAAAUUAUGGUGAAAAUGUGUCCAGCUUUGUUUACAUGUAUUCAUACCAGAUAUGGGAUCAUAUUUUGUACUGGAUCACCUAAGAAAUACAUCAUGGAACAGGAGUCGGCAACAUAUGGCCUGUGGGCUAGAUCUGGCCUACAGAAUCUUUGGACCCAGCUGGCAGAUGUGGGGCUUCAGUAACAUUCAGUGGUCAGGAGCACUGGCUAUAGGCUCUGUGCCUGUGCUGUUGUGGGGACCAGCAGUGGCAGCUGCAGAGUCCUAGCGCCUGUCUUCCUCCAAUUUGGAGUGGGUCAUUUUGGCCCUUAGUCAGAAAAGGUUGCCUACUUCUGGCAUAGAUAAUGCAGCUGAAGGGAAAGGGGGACAAACUUAUCUUUCUGUCUCUGAGUCAUUCAGAUUCGGGAGGAUCAGUGUUUGGAACUUUCCACUGCCUAUGGACUGUAUGGGAGCCCAGUAUCUCUCUCUGGGCCCUCCAGCUUACUAAUGACCUCUUUAACUUUCCUGCCAUGCCUUGAUCUUACUUAUAAGUUUAGGAAACUGCCAUAUCUAGUCUUCAUCCUCUCAGGUACUGAUACUGGCUCCUGCACACUUAUGUAGGCAUCCUUUUUGUCUCUCCUGUUAAGGGGUGCCUGCUUGAAUCCUCCCACAAUAGAGGUGACUAGCAGGACCUCUCACACCCUGCAAUUUUACCACUCUUGUAUGGUCCCAGUGAGUCUUUCUUAUUUUCAUAUUCCCCCUUAGACACUCCGUGAAGGAUCAGUCCAUUGGUUCCCUGGGAGCUCUGCAAUUUCUCUCAGCCCUACAGGGGUGUGUCCUUAGGUUGAAGGAGCUGUCUGUUCCUCCCAUAGGCAAUGCUGUGCUCAAAGUCCAUGAGCCCCACAUUUAAAGCAAUGUCCAUGGGUGGAGGGGACCUCUAUCUCUGGGGUUGUCCUGACCUUCUCUCUGUGGGCCUUACUUUCUGUUGGACUGAGUCCUUGGUCAACCUUCCCCAGCUUCCUUAAGUGUUCCCUUCUAACCGUGUCCUGAUCCACUGAAAAAUCUUCAGCGAGCUACACCACUUCUUCCAGUGUUAUGAGGCAGUGUCUCCUCACCCAGUCUCUACCCCCAGUCUCUAAAUCCCACAGUAUUUGUUCUAAUACUGUCUUCUCCACUACUUCCUUGGCUGUUCCUACAUCUAGGUGAUGUCCAUAGGGUCUAACUCUAUGCUUGGGGUUAGUGACGCAUCUGGUCUUUCUAGUCUCUAAAUUGCUGGCAUUGUGACUCUUGCUAUGCCUCUUUAACAUAGUACAACCUGUUUAACUAUUUCAUAGUUGUGAACCUCCUCUUAUGUCAGGACCUCAUAGGCUUGGCCUUCACUUAUUAAGAGUGUGCCUGAUCAUAGUUGGGGGUUGGACUAGAUGACCUUUUGAGGUUCCUUCCAACCCCGAUUUUCUAUGAUUUUAUGGUGUCCAUGAUUCCUUAUCCCACCCUGUUCCCUCAGCUGUCCUUUCAAUGGCUUCCUGGUAGGCCUCUGGCCCUCACCUGUCAUCUUUUCUACUUUGAUGCUGUAAUUCCUUCAUGAGUCUUUUUCCCACCCCUGCAAUGAAGAGGUUAACUACUAGCUUGUGUUGGUGCAUUGCCAAACUUACUGAACUUCCUUUCUUGUAGCCCUGCAGUUUACAGCCCAUAGCACUGCAACUUACUGCCUUGUGGCAUGCACUUGCCCUCUUCUAAGUAACAUGAUUAGGGCCGCUGUUACAUUCCCACAUUGCUUUGGAGCAAUGGAUGGAACUGUAUUGCUAUUCUAUGGGUCAGGCCUGCUUGGCCAUCAUGGCAGGCUCCCUUGUCCGGAAAGACUCAUCGUAGUAGCAUCUGUAGGAACUUGUGCCUCUUAUAUUUACUUGUGAAGAAUGUUAGAAUAGGUCCCAGGAUGUUAAUGGCUUUUGAUAGUCUCCCUUCAUUGUGGGAGAAUCCACUUAUCCUCAACUUCCUUGGUUAAUGAAACCUUUUAUCAGUCACUUAGACUAUAGAAAGGUAUGAUGUAACUAUCACCUAAGCAGCUGCAGGAUGAUACAGGAGCAUGCAUUUAGAGGACUGAUAGGGCAGUGACGUGGUUUCACAUCAAGGAUAGAACACCACCAGUUGUUAUGCUUGUGAACUAUUUUGAGAGAGCCUCACUGAGUGUUGGGAGGCUAACAUGCAGAGAUUUUCAGAAUUUCACAAGCAGCCUGAGAGAAGCUGCCUUCAAAAGGGCAGGGCUGCCUUCUGCUCCCACUUGGAGGCUAGUCCCUGUCCUCAAGGGACACGUCUCUAUAAGUGGGAAUGUGCAUUUCCCUGGGGUUGUGCCACUGCUAGUUGUCCCCAGGGAACACCCCUGCAUGCUUGCGUGGCAAAUUGCCCCAGGUGGGGCAAGGGGAGGCUAGGGCCAGCACCUGGUUUGGCCUCAGCAGCCUGACCUGGGGUCCUGGGUGUCUUCUGGGGCUGCAGCGGCAGCAGUCCAGGCACACAGAGCUUGGCUGGCAACUGGAGCAUGGCUCUGGUUGGCCACGCUCUGGUUUUGGGCAGCGCACGCUGUAGCCACGUGUGGUGCCCUGCUUUUCUUUGGCAAUAUAUAUUUUUGACACUGGGAUUUCCUGGUGUCGAAAAACCCCACUGCUGCAAAUUAGCAGCACAGUGAAUGCAUGCACAUGUGGCUUGUGGCACUGCAGGCAGGUUUGUGGCACUGCAAAUCGCACAUGCACGCUUGUGGGACAUGCCCAUGAGGACUAACUUUUGUGUUUUAACUUGCAUCUGACUGAACCUGAGUUUAGAACACUUUCUUCAUGUCUUGUGUAUCCAAUCUGUGGAGUGGUUUUAUAGAUUUUUAUAUAUUUAUGACAUUUUUACAGAUGUUUUUAUAUGGAAGGAUCUUGGUUCUUCAUUACAUUAUUAGUCACAAUUCAACAAAAGCAUUUAUUUAAAAAUGUAAACAAAAAUGAAUUGUAUAUAACUAUGUGGAAGUAGAAACAAUUGCAAACUCUGUCAUGUAAAAAAAACAGUACUUAAAAGCAGUGCAAGAGUAUAAACUUAUCAAGAACAUGGAGUUUA